CUAGUUGCUCUUGGAAAUGAAGUUUUCUGUUUCUUGUUUCUUCCUGAGUUUCUGACGUAUUUGUAUUCUAUCUCAUUUUUGUUAAUUAAUAUUAUCUAUAGUACAUAAAUUAUCUUUGUUUCAUUGAUUUGAAGUUUAAAAUUUAGAUUGAAGAUAUUUUUACGCUCCAAAUAUCAAGAUCCUUAGUAAACGACUUGGAAUCAUCACACUUGUUAGUGAUACCUUAGCGUACUGGAUUUCAGACAGUUUGUAUCCGUUCUUUCAAAUAAUAAUUAUUAUUAUUGGGAUUAUUAAUCUAGUGCUAUUAUUGAGCAAUGGCGUUUCAUGAUCCCAAACGACUUAUCAUAAACUAUCUACCUCAAGAUUUUGGUGACAAGGAACUGUACGGUUUGUUUAGUACGAUUGGGCCCAUUGAAUCAUGUAGGGUUAUGCGAGAUAACAAGACAAAUUACAGUUACGGCUUUGGAUUUGUAACCUACAAUCGUGCUGAGGACUCAUCGUUAGCAAUUCAAAAGUUGAACGGCCUCGAGUUAUUGGGUAAGCGACUAAAAGUAUCCUAUGCCAGACCGUCGACAGACGAAAUAAAAGACACAAAUCUGUACAUUUCAAAUCUGCCAAAGCACUUUACCGAAAACGAUCUGGAUUUUUUGUUUGGAAAAUUUGGCCAAAUUGUUCAAAAGAACAUUUUGAAGGACAAAAUCACAGGUAUGCCAAGGGGAGUUGCGUUUGUUCGUUUCGAACGCAAAGAUUCGGCCCAACAAGCCAUACUUGCUCUGGACGGAUAUCUGCCUGACGGUGCUUCGGCCAAGCUGAAUGUGAAAAUUGCCGAGGAACAUGGUAAGAAAAAGGCUAUCUACUUUGCUGGCUAUCAGGCGGGAGCAAUGCAGAGUCGGCAGGCUUUUGCUGGCCCUCCAUUGUCAAUGCAGAUACCACCAAAAGGCCCGCAAAUGAACCCCAUGGCAAUGAGGGGAAGUCGUGGCGGCCCACAAAGUAGAGGAAGUGCCAACUUUGUGCCGUAUCCGCCCAAUAUGGCGAUGCCUGGUCGAAUGGUGGGUGGUCCCAUUGUUCGUCCGGACAAAACUGCUCGUCGUUUCAACCCAAUGCCGGCAAUAUGGUAAUUCACAUUAUUCUUUUAACUUCAAGAUUUGAAACUAUUCAAGAAUCUUUUUUCUUGCUACUAAGUUACUCAAUUUAGAUUUAAACAAGUAUUCUAGCCCAUUUGUUCUAUAAAUAUAGUUUUUUAAUUUCAACCCAAAAAAUGUUAUAUCAAACUCAUGUAAUCAAUCUAAAGCUAACUCUUUGCCAAAAAACUCAUCACUUGAUAGCUGCGACAAGAGCUAUUUUGAACUUCAAUGUUCAAUUGACUACUCACUUAGAAAAAACUAAUUUCUAACUAGACUUUCAUGAAUAAAUUGUAACUGCAAAUAUCUCCAUCAUUCAUAUAAAUUUUCAAAUCAAUAAUUAUUAUUUUCAUAUCAGGUUUUAAAAUUAUAGCUUAUAACUGUUAUUCCAUUUAAACAAACCAGACAACACCUUCAAGUGGCUUGAUAAGGAUGUGAAUUUAUCGACUAGGUAGGCUACAUAACGUACCUAACGUACUGUUGAUUUUAAUAAAUAUUUUUCCAACAUACAAUUUUGACAUUACCCACCGGAUCAAUUAAUAAAUGUAUCAUUAAUUAGAAUGAUAUUUCAAAUUUAAGAAAAUAUUUACCGUACAGUACAUCAGAAAUAAAAAAAAGUCAGUUAAUAGUAGGAAUUUCUGAACACUAAUAUGUAAAUUUGUUUAUUAACAGUAUCAAUGCAUUCCAUGUGUAAUCAGGGAUAUAUUUGAGACAUUGCUAUUAGUAAUAUCCGCUAGUAGUGGUGUUUUAAUUACUGUAACUACUUGAAAUUAUCUGAAUCACCUUCCUCUGAAUUAUAAUAAUGUACCUAUCUAUUUUAGUACUAUUUUAUUACUCUAGUAUUUCAUUAUUCGAUAAAUACCAUAUCAAAACUUAUAAGAUUGUAUUUCAUUAUUCAAAAAAUAUAAUAUCAAAACUUAUAAGAUUCUUUAAAUCCUGUCUAUAUCUCUUCAGUAUUUGGGUUUAAAAAAAAUGGAUAGCCUAACUCAAUAAAUAGCUGGCUAUUUAUAUAGAUCUAUCAAGAUUAAGUACGGUAUCUAAGUCAUAUAAUUUCAAUAUAUCAUUGAGUAUUCUAUAUGUUUUUUUGAUUACUAUUAAAAUUAUUUAUUUAUAAAAAGUUUAAUUCUGAACUGCUGAGUUUACAUUUCUUAUUGUUUGGUUGUUAAUACUACUGGAAAGUUACAGUUAUUUUACUCCUCCCAAUCAAUUCACUUGAGAUUUUAUUGUCAAUGAAGUUCAUUUGUGUCAUGGUUUCAACCAGCAAAUAUAGUUGUUUAAAAUAAAAUAUAUUAUGAUAAAAAGAAGUAUAAGUGGAGUAAGAUUGAUGUUAUCUUUCUAUAUAUUUAAUUGAUUUUUUAAUAAUGUUGUUCAUAUAGGCCUAUUAGAAAAUUGCAUCAAUUUUUUGCAUGCAAAAUUUCUUGUCCUAAACACAGAGAGCCUCAAGAACCUUGCAUUUUUUUGUUUCUAAAUUGUAAUUCGUAAAAAUUCAAUUUUUCCGAAAAUUAUAACCAUUUUUUUUUAAAUUUAACUCAGUACUCAUUGUUAGAAAGUUGCAUAUGAUUUUUCCGUCUGAUGUUUUUGGAAGCUCUCUGUAUUUUGCACAAGGACAUUUUUCAAAAAUUGAUUUUUGACUUCUUUUAUGUAUCCAAGCAAUAUUUUGAAAAAUCAGAAGUACCUACAGUGUAUUUUGCAAGCACCAAUGUAUAUCAUAGUGAUUGAUUGGACUAGAUAGAUUAACUUGAGAUUUGCUCUUUUCUAAAAAGUUGAGAAUUUUUUCAUAACUUAUUUUGAAACUGCUUUUAUUGACUAUACAGUUCUAUUUUGAACUACCCGUAUCUUUAGAGAAAUUAUGGUGAAUCGUUGAAAAUGAGAGAAAUUUUGAAAAAUUGAUAGAAUCUUAUCUUGUUUUGUAUAAAUCCAAUUAAAAAAAAUGUAUCAAUUUUUAUAAAUGUUGUGAUUGGUGCAAAUUGAUAUUCAAUCUUGUUAAAAAAAUUGCAUAUUGUACGUUUUAACUAUAAUAAAAAAAUAUAUGGUUGCAGAGCAGACGGGUGUCUCCAUGUAGCAUGGACUGAAAGAAUGAUCGUAAAAAAUGGGAUAAAAAUUGUUACAUAACGUUAUAUGAUUAUUGAAAUACAUCCUGUUUAAUAUAAGAAUACAUCUAUAGCGUAUGUACCGAGUGAAGUAUAGUGUAUCAGAUUCCCAACCAAGUGAGGAAAUUCUGUCAAGUUCCACUGUUCCAAUUCAACAUAUUUUUAAAUAGACCAUCCUAUUCAACUAACUCCAUCCUCCUUCAAGAUUCUUAAUCCUUCAAUGUCAUCAAAAUUUAAUAAUUUCAAUCAAUAUAUUUGACAUGAUAUUCAAUUUUUUUCAAUACUGUAGACCAUCUUACACAACUAACUUAUUUUCCCUUCAAGGUUCUCCAUCCUACAAAACAUUUAAUUAUACAAUAAUUUAAGGAAUUUUAAUCAAUAUAUUUGACAUAAUUCAAUUUUAUUUAAUUUUGUUCAAAUAAUUAUUAUUAAUGGCUAGUAUUCCAAAAAUUGAUCAUUUCUCUCAAUUUCAUGAACAUUUCAUUCAAGUAUUGUUGUGAGAUAAUGAUGAACUACUUAUUUUCUUUUUUUGUUAUUCUCUUGGAAGAUAUUCAAUGUGUAUCAAAUUAUAUUAACCCAAUUCAAUGGCUAUAUUUUUCAAUGAUAAUGAUUGCUGCUAUAUUUAUGUAUUUUUUGUGACUACCUUCUGAAAUAAUAGUUAUAUCAAUUAGCAUACUUCAUGUUUUUUUUCUUUUUUGUUUUAAGAUGUUAAACGAUAUUGAUUUGUUUCGAAUUGUAAAUGAUUAUCAGGACUCAUUAAAUCGAUUGAAUAUUU